AAAGUUUUGGGCUGGGCGGAGCCGGGGGCGGGGGCGGGGGGGGCCGGGCCCCGCGAGCCCCUUAAGCGGCGGCGGCGGCGGCGGGGGAGCCCCAGCCCCGCUCGCAGCGCCCCGGCGGCAGCGCCGGCCCCGCUCGGCUCCAGCGCCCCGCGCCCCCGCUGCGGGAACAAUGGCGGAGCCGUUCGUCGUGGAGAGCCCCGACGUCACCUACAGCAGCGACUACAUCGAGGCCAAGUACACGUACAGCACCGUGCACGUGUGCAAGGAGAACGGCCUCACCAAGGUGCGGCCCUGCUCGACCCGCUUCACCUUCCGCACGGGGCGGCAGGUCCCCCGCCUGGGCGUCAUGCUCGUGGGCUGGGGGGGCAACAACGGCUCCACGGUGACGGCGGCCGUGCUGGCCAACCGGCUGGGUCUCUCCUGGAUGACCAAGACCGGGCGCAAGAAAGCCAACUACUACGGCUCGCUGCUGCAAGCCUCCACGGCGUGCCUGGGCGCCGGCCCCGCCGGCGACGUCUACGUGCCCUUCCGCGACCUGCUGCCCAUGGUGCACCCCAACGACAUCGUCUUCGACGGCUGGGACAUCUCCUCGCUGAACCUGGCCGAGGCCAUGCGGCGGGCGGAGGUGCUGGACUGGCAGCUGCAGGAGCAGCUCUGGCCCCACAUGGAGAAGCUGAAGCCGCGGCCCUCCAUCUACAUCCCCGAGUUCAUCGCCGCCAACCAGGAGGAGCGGGCGGACAACGUGCUCCGCGGCUCCAAGGCCGAGCAGCUGGAGCAGAUCCGCCGGGACAUCCGCGACUUCAAGGAGGCCAGCGGGGUGGACAAGGUCAUCGUGCUGUGGACGGCCAACACGGAGCGCUUCUGCGACGUGGUGCCGGGGCUCAACGACACCGCCGAGAGCCUGCUGCGGGCCGUGGAGCGAGGCCUGGAGGUGUCCCCGUCCACGCUCUUCGCCGUGGCCAGCAUCCUGGAGGGCUGCGCCUACAUCAACGGCUCCCCGCAAAACACCUUCGUGCCGGGGGCGGUGGAGCUGGCCGCCCAGCGCCGCGUCUUCAUCUGCGGCGACGACUUCAAGUCGGGCCAGACCAAGCUCAAGUCGGUGCUGGUGGAUUUCCUGGUCGGCGCCGGCCUCAAGACCAAGUCCAUCGUGAGCUACAACCACUUGGGCAACAACGACGGGAAGAACCUGUCGGCCCCGCAGCAGUUCCGCUCCAAGGAGAUCUCCAAGAGCAACGUGGUGGACGACACGGUGCAGGCCAACCCCGUCCUCUACGGGCCCCAGGACAAGCCCGACCACUGCGUGGUGAUCAAGUACGUGCCCUACGUGGGGGACAGCAAGCGGGCGCUGGACGAGUACACGUCGGAGAUCAUGAUGGGAGGCACCAACACCAUCGUCAUCCACAACACGUGCGAGGACUCCCUGCUGGCCAGCCCCAUCAUCCUGGACCUGGCCAUCCUCACGGAGCUGUGCCAGCGCAUCACCUUCCGCACCGAGAGCGACCCCGAGUUCCAGGGCUUCCACAGUGUCCUCUCCAUCGUGGCCUUCCUCUGCAAGGCGCCCCUGGUGCCCGACGGCGCGCCCGUGGUCAACGCCCUCUUCCGCCAGCGCAGCUGCAUCGAGAACAUCCUGAGGGCCUGCCUGGGGCUGCCCCCCCAGAACCACAUGCUGCUGGAGCACAAGAUGCAGCGGGCGGCCCCCAGCCCCAAGCGCGCCUGCCCCGCCGGGGCCGCCUGCCCCGCGGCCCCCAAGAAGGCGCCCGCCCAGCUCAACGGCCACCCGGGCCCCGGCGCCCCCCCGCCCCGGCUCCGCCUCGACGGGGCCGACUAGCCGCCCCGGCGGGUGUCGAAGGCGCUUUUUGGGGGAGACGGGGGGGGGCCGCGACUUGCCCCCGGUGCUACCUGGAAACUGUGAACCUCUUGCACCCGCGGGCUCCCGCGCCCCGGUGCAGCACCCCGGGGGGGGGGGGGGGACACGGGGUGGGGGGAGCCAAACCCAGGCGGCUUCUGAAAAAAAAAUCAAAUUACAUUUAUUGAUGCAGGU